AUGUAUCAACAAAAUAUAUCCAGUUUACCUUCAACACAACAUAAUGAUGCGUGCCAAAGUGAUAUGGCUGAUGCAUAUGAACUUGGUUCAGCUAUGGCACGUGAACAUUUAUCGACUGAAGAUAAAAAACUUUUAGAUGACAUAGGAGAUGAUACAGUUAUUGUUGUGCCAGGCACUUAUGAUCAUAUACAUCAAGUAUUAAAAAGUUUAAAAAUUCCAUUCAAAAUUGUAGAACAAACAGAAUUAUUAACGUAUCCUUUACGUCCAGAAGAUCAAACUGUCUAUGUCAAUUGUGCUAGCAGUUUUCCACCUAAUGCUGCUCAUCGUUUACGUCAAUUUGUUAAUGAUGGUGGACAAUUAAUUACUACAGAUUGGGCAUUAAAAAAUGUUCUUGAAGUUGCAUUUGGUGAAUUUGUUCGAGAUAAUGGUGGUAGGACGGGUGAUGAAGUUGUUGGAAUACAAGUAAAUGAUCCAACAAAUCCAAUUGUAGCUGGAUUUUUACCAGCUGCACAACAUGUUGAUCCACAAUGGUGGCUUGAAUCAUCAUCAUAUCCAAUUGAAAUAGUUGAUGCACAACGUGUACGAGUUUUAAUUAAAUCUGAUGAAUUAAAUAAAAAAUAUAAUUCACAUGCUGUACUUAUCACAUUUGAUUGUGGUAAAGGUAAUGUUAUACAUAUGAUAUCUCAUUUUUAUUUACAACGUUCGGAAACACGUAAUGAAAGACAUAAAAUGUCAAGUGAGCAAUUUGCUGUUGAUAUGAAUAUGUCCGACGAAAUUAAAUCAAAAGCAAAAAAUAUGAGUAAUUUAAAUUAUGCUCAAGUACAAUCAACAGCAACAUCGUCAGCAUUUAUUUAUAAUCAAUUAGCUGAUCGUCUAAAGAAGAAAUCAAAUAAUUCUUAA